UGUUUUAAUUUGGCGGAGACUGAAUAGUUUAUUAUGCGACAUGCUAAGUGGUUUAGAAUGUUUAAUAACAUGUUAAUAAGGUAACUGCAGUUUACUUAAUUUCAAGAACUGGAUAAUUAUCUAAAACGACAGAAUAUGAAUCAACAUCUCCUUCAGUUUGGAAUAAUAUACAUGAUGUUCGUCUUCUCGCUGGUCUUGCUCGUUCCUUUUUCUGUGCAGGUAAAAGCGCAACAUAUGACUGAGUGCGACAUGUAUCACCACUGCCUGACUUGCAUGGGCGUUUCUUACAACUGUUCCACGUGCUCCAAGGGUUACUUCUUGAGGGAAUUCGGGGACUUUUAUACUUGUACAAAGUGUCCGUCACAAUGUUUAGAAUGUGAAAGUCUUUCGUCCUGUUCCGCUUGCAAAAUAUGGAAUCAUUAUGGAAAAGACUGCAAGAGUGUUUGCAGCAAAGGGUGUCUCAACUCGACUUGCGACCAGUCAUCGGGCACGUGUCUUUGCAAAGAUAAUUAUGAGGGUGGACACUGUGACUACUGCGCAAAAGGAAAAUAUGGAUACGAGUGUACGAUGGAAUGCCCAGCUAAUUGCGUCACAUGUCAUUCUGAUAAAAACUGCACAGAAUGCAAAAACGGUUAUCACGGGGAUGCAUGCAAGUCCAAAUGCCCUGCAGGUUGUGUCUCGUGCUCUUCGGGAACGUCAUGUGAUCAAUGUAAAGAUGGAUUCUGGGGUGACACGUGCCAGCAUAAUUGCUCUCGUGAAUGUUCAGGAGGCAUCUGCCUGAAAAAGACUGGGGUUUGUAAGGACAAGAAAUGCAGGUGCGACAGAUGCUCUUCCGGUAGACACGGGGGGAACUGCAACAUGGACAAGAAAGCGUUACGAGAAAAUUCAUCAGCGAAAACAAUACAGUUUCAAGUAUGUCUACUGGUAGUUGCUGUGCUGUUCUGCUCUGUUGACGUUACGGGGACGAUGUAUAAAAUGAUGUGAAACACGUGUCAGAGGCAGUACUCAUCUGGCAAAGAACAGUUUGAAUACUAGUCCUAGGGAAAGAUAUGACGCUCAAAGAAAAAAAAAACAUGACUGCAAAUGUAUUUGAAAGGCCUCCUUGGCUGCUGAAAGGAAACUAUUGAAUAUUUCAAGUGUAAAAUGCGUCAUUCUUUUUGGAAAAUAAAAUGUGCAUAAUAUACAUAGAAUACAAAUGGAUAAAGCAGUGUGAAUUGUUAAUGUUGUUGCGAUUAGUAAGCCAGUAUCAAAUUUACUACUUAUAUCUAUCCUG